AUGGCGUCUCCGCAAGCUGGAGGGACCGCUUAUGUCUCUGUCCCGGUGGCAUUGGCGUACGGAGUGCCUGGCAUUGGUUUUGGAGCUUUCGUGGUUAUGAUAAGCUUAUACCUUCCAGCACUGUAUGCAGACACUCUCGGGGUGCCUUUGAGCCAGAUUGGAGCAGUGACGACUGCGGUGCAGAUCUUCGACGCCAUCUCCGACCCCCUCUUAGGCUACCUCUCCGACCGCUGCCGAACUUCGUCUGGGCGGCGCCGGCCCUUUGUGCUCCUUGGUAGUUGGGGCCUCGCAGCCUCUUUCGUGGCGCUUUUCUCCCCGCCGGAUUUUGGCAACCCGAACUCGGCGCUCGUCUUUGCGGCAGCCUUCGGCCUUGUGACACAGAUGUUCUUGACAGUGGCUCGUAUACCGUGGAUGGCGUGGGCCAUUGACUUAACACCGGAGUACGAUGCUAAGACGAAGCUGGUUUCGGUCCGGGAGUUCAUGUGGGUGCUCGGCGCUAUGCUGGGCGCCGUACUACCAAGUGUUGCGGGAGCUCUCCUUGGCGAUUCCGGACCACUCCGGCUGACCCUGGCUGCUUCUUUUUGGGCCUUCUUCAUGGUCGUAAGUAGCGUGCUGUGUUUCUGCCUGGUGCCCGAUACAACCGCAGUACCAGCUCUAGGAGAGAAUCGAGACGGCUCUGCCAGCUCGCAGAUGUUUUUCCUUCGCAACAUCUCUGGUUGCCGCCCGGCCAUCGCUCUCUACGCAGCGACGGUUUUGGCACUCAUGGCCACUACAGGCAACGCAUUGCUCUAUCCCUUCUUCGUGAAGUACGUUCUCGAAGAUGAAGGUGUCGAAUGGCUCUUGGGUCUGUACAUCUUCCUUGGUGCAGUUUUCGUUCCUUUUUGGGCUUGGGUAGCCAAGAAGUUUGACAAGAAGAUGACCCUGACCUUCAUCACUCUGGUCCAGUUUUCAGUGCUAGGCCUCAUCUUUGUGGCGGUUGAGCGUCAGGCCUUGGGGAUGUAUGUUGCCUGCAUCAUCUCAGCCGGAUCCGUGAUGGGAGGGAGCUCCGUAGUCCGCUUCUCCAUGAUGGCAGAUGUCGCGGAUGCACUGCAGCUACUGACCCGGGGGCAUCGCGAUGAAGCUAAGCUUGUGGCGCUUUUCGACAUCUCCUCGAAGUUGGCCGCAUCCUUGCUGGUGGCCCUGGGAUUUCUGGUGAUCGAUACUUCGGGCUUUAGGGCUGAUAUGGUACCCCAGCCGGAAUCUGCACGCUUAGCCAUCCGGAUAUUCUAUUCAUUGGUGCCCAGCAUCUUGGCGCUGCUCUCUGCGAUGGUGAUCUGGGCUCUCUACCCUCUCGACCGGAAGAAGCAUGCGGAGAUUCUGGUGGAGCUAAGUCUGCUGCAGAAAGCAGAGCCCGCCUUGAAUGCAAAGGUCUUGGGUGCCGAAGAGGGCGCGGGCUGA